GUGGACAGACUCAAAGCUCUGGACUUCUUUCAGGGGUUUUCACAGUUGUAGCCACUCUUCAGGGUGUUUUUUAAUCUUUUUGGGCGUUUGCUGUACUGGGCUUCAGAAUUUUUUGCUGACUUUGUUUUAAAUGAAAAAGAUCACAACUUGUUUAACGAGAAGAGUCAUUUUUCUUUCUGGGUCUUUCUCACUGGCUGACCAGGCUUGGUCCUCCUCCGUAUCUUAAGAUUUGUUGAAGUUGGACAAAAUUCAAACAAAACAUCAAGGAAAACAAGAAGUUUGUGUUAAAUUAAGCAGCCACAGUGGUUUCAGCUGAUCUUCUCAACUAUCAAAGGACAUUUAGCAGCAGCUGUGGAAACGUUCAUCAUGAGGAGUCUAGCGUUUCUGCUCUUGGUGGCUUUGGCCAGCGCCAAAGAGUAUGAGCGCUGUGAAUUGGCCAGAGUGCUGAAGGCUCAUGGAAUGCAUGGCUACUACGGCACCAGCCUGGCCGACUGGGUUUGUCUGAGCUACUAUGAGUCACGUUACAAAACCACAGCCAUCAACCACAACCGCGGCGGAUCCACUGACUAUGGCAUCUUCCAGAUCAACAGCUAUUGGUGGUGUGAUGACGGCCAAACCCCCGGCUCAAAGAACGGAUGCCACAUCAGCUGCAGUGAGGUUCUGACAGAUGAUAUCAGCGUGGCGAUCACAUGCGCCAAACGUGUCGUUAGGGAUCCCCAGGGCAUUGAAGCCUGGGUGGCCUGGAAAAAUAACUGCAAAAACCAUGACAUUAGCUCCUUUGUGGAAGGAUGUGGUGUUUAGUCAAAGCGUGGAACCAGGACGCUGUCAUCGACAUAAUCUUUCAUUUGUCAGUUGCAGGAAAUUAAAGCAUUUGCACUGUUUGUAUGUUUGAUCUAACAAAAGUAAGUCAGACGGCUAUAGAUGACUCCUGUUAAAACAGAGUUCAAAUCUUUACUUUCAGUCUAUUUAGUUUAUAUGUACAUGAUGUGAUCUGAUUGGUUAAGAGAUAUGUAGUGAUUUCAGCUUGUAUCAGUUGUGCUUGUUUUAAAACCAGAUCAAAAUGCUUGCGUUUUCAAUAUUGACUGUUGCUUCAUUAACAUGAAUGGCAAAUCAACAA